AUGCUGAAGGCAGCCGCACCAAUCCGCCUGCGCGGUGUCGGCGGUGAGAUGCAGCUACCCGCAGAGAUUUGGCUGGUGCUCGAUGCCGCAGCAGCCGCAAGGCUUCCUCAGGUCGUCGGAGACUUACCACUGGGCAGCGAGGCUUCCGGGCACAAGGCCUUCGUGAAGGAAAGAUUUGUGCCUGCACUUCGCUUGCUGGACGAGGACCAGCUCAGCUGGGCCGCCGCGCAGGCGAACUUCGUGCGCUGUUCGCGCGGGUCCUGCUUCCUUGCCCUGAAGCAUGCUGCUUUCGUGCUGAAGGUUCUGGCCACAAGGCAUGCUCUCCAGGCCACCGAAGCACAGGGGGUGGACAAUUUACCUCAACUACGGACCGUCCUGUCUGACAUCGAUGACAAAGUCAGUCGUGCCGCGGGGCUGGUCGGUAGCCGGGCUGCCGCCACCAAGAGACCGGAGCCAACACCGCCACCCGUCAAGCCGGCCAAGCUGGACAAGAGUGAGGAGGCGCGGUCAGAGGCAGCAAGCCCGCGUCACACAGCGCUGCGCAGAGGCUUGCAGGCCCAGGCCGACUUCACCAGCUUUGCCAACAGACGAUUUGGGAACUGUGUGCGCUUGUGGUUCGUCCUGGAUCCGGAGGAGAACCUGAAGCUGGCCAGCAAGCAGUUUGUCCGCGGCUGCGAGGAGAUAGGCUUCUCUGGCUGCCUGACCACGCUAUGGCGACAGCUGGACCACGAUAGCUCAGGGUGUAUCUCAUUGAGCGACAUCGAUCCCCAGUGUGCCGCGCAGCUGGCCGACCUGAAGGUACUUCUCACCCAGCAGUUCGAAGGCAGCGCCGAAAAGUUCAUGAAAUCAGUUGACACGAAGGGCAGUCAUCGAGUAAGCAAAGAAGAGUUCGUACGAGCAAUGGAUACGUUGAAUUGCCCUCCGGGCGCAUCCAGACGGCUCUUUGAUUUAGUUUGCCGCUACAACUGCACAACAAUUUCGGUCAAAGACCUGUUGUUUCUGCAGAAGUGGACGCCGCCACCGUACUAUUUCGUUCGCAGCGACCCACGCCUGCUGAGCAGCUUCCGUGGUGCCUUGGCCAAGCUUCAUGGCAGCGCCCUGCGCGCCUGGUUCCGGCUAUGGGACCACGAUCAGCUCUUCCGGGUUUCUUGGUUCCGCUUUCGGCUUGGCGUUGCGAAUAUCGCACGCCGCCACGGCGGCCUCCCCAACAUGGAGGAGGACACAGCUAAGGUCUGGAGGACUGUGGACGAGGAGUGUUUCGGAUGGGCGACCCUCCGCACCUUCCACCCCGAGGCUUUCGAGGCCGCGACUCGAUUGAAACGCUGGGCGACUCUGAACCAUGGCGGCGUCGCCAAAUUCGUGGCCUCCGUGCUGAAGAAGCGCUGCUCUGAGUUCGUUUCGCAUUUGGGCUCAACCUGCCCUCCCUGGCAGACUUGA